AUGGCGAAGCGAGCAAAUCCGUUUAUUGACGACUAUGUUCCACAAAGCAAAGUACAUAUAGGACUGAAACAGUUUAAUAACAAUGAAGAAAGACUGCAAAAAAAGAAAACAUUGCAAAUGUUAUUUAAAGGAGCAAGAAAAGCGCAGGAAAACGGGAUUAAAUGCAGUUUAGAAGACAAUUUCAAAAAAGACGGACUGAAGCAACUGUUUAUUGGCGCCAAUGGCAUACUUAUACAUACUGGUCAGAUGGUCAAAGAAAAUUCAUCUGAGGCUUUGUGCAAAUGUGGAGCAGCUAAAAUAGAAUUAUGUGCAUACUGCGAUAAGACUCUGUGUGCAUUCUGCAAGUUAGUGUGUUCUCUCUGUCAACAGAACUUCUGUUCUGAGUGCUCUUUGUAUGGGUCUGAAGACUCAGCAGUUUGUGUUUCAUGUUAUAGAUAA